AUGAUUGAAAGCAUUGCACUAAGAAAGUUCGCAGUUUCGUAUUUUCUGGUUCAUCCAACAAAGCCACUUUGUAAUUUGGUUAACAGAAUUACUACAACGAUAAAAAACAGAUUCUUUAUAGGGGAAGUGGUUUUUAUUAAGAACAAAGAAUUAACUGGUCAGAUAGUAAAAAUUACCAAGAAGGGCUACAUAGUAGAGAUACACGAUGAUGAGACGGGAAGUACUCCGCAGAGAGAGGAGAUUUUAGCACAGGAUUUAUUAAGGAAAGACAGUGCUACAAAAAACGAAGUACUGUUAUUUAUAUUAAGCAUAACAAAGGACACUCCUCUUGGGCGUAUAGUUGCAAAUAAUAUUAUACAAGAACUUGGGAUAUUUAAAGGGCAGAAGCCAAUUAUAAAGCAGGUGGAGAAGGCUACUGAGCAGCCGAAGGUAGAUAAGAAUGCAUGGUUAACUCCGCCUAAUCAAGAGAAAGAGAAGGAGAAAUUAAAGGAACUGUCUGAGAUAGAGGAGGCACGAGUACAGAAAAAAACAGAUCAGAUAUUAUCGAUAUAUUCAGAGAAAUGGGAGCAUUCAUCUAUUUCUACACACAAAUUAUACAAAAAGGUUAUUUCUUUGUAUAAUGGGCUGAAUAUUUUCUGUGAGUUUUUAAAGACUAAGGAGAUGUCACUAGAAGAGUUUAUAUCUGCAGUGUUUGCAGAGAAAGACACGCCUCGCUUGGUAGAUAUAUUUUCAAAGCUUUUAAAGGCAAUUUCUCAUGAGAGGAGAAAGUCUGGUAAAGAAGGGCUUAAGGAUAUGUUACACAUUGCAUCAAAUAUGAUAUAUGAAAGCGAGCACAUGAAGGAAGUACUGGACAUGAUUACUAUCGCAGGAGAGAAAAAAGAAACUGGGUUUAAUAGGAUACAGUGGUUUGCAGGAGAUGCCGCACAGAAAACCUGGCUGGCGUACAUUAAAAGCUUUGUAUACGAUAUAAUGAACAUAUAUGACAUAAAAGUAAAGACAAACGAGUUCAUGCCGUACACUCCAACCAAAGCAGAGAAAACAGAGAAAGUAAUUGAGUCUUUAGCAGUAGAUAGAUUAUUAAUGAUUUCAUUUAUGUUUGAGACUAUAAUACUUGGUGUCCGAUUCAGAACGUAUUAUGACACAUUGCUAGAGGAGUACAAGGAAAAAGAGAGGGAGCGGCUUUCUCUUGUGCAGGAGGUAAAAAGACUGAAGGGAGAGGUACUGGUAAAUGAAGGAGCAGAUGAAGUGAAAGAACAAAUUGAAGAAGCAGAGAAGAAGUUAGAAGAACUCAACACAGAGUGCAAGCCCGAAGCUAUUAGAAGUGGUAUAUCAAAGUAUGGAGAUAUUAAUUUUAUACUUGUAGAUGGAAAGUUAGUUUAUGAGUAUAAUGAAGCCUUCUUUAUAAUACAGGAAGACAAGUGGGAGUCUUUUAUAUCACUGUUUGAUAUGGAUAAGAAGAAAGACUUGCAAUUUGUAGAGACAGUAAAGAGGUAUUUAAGAAUAUUUCAGUAAGUAAAAGUGUGUAUAAGUAAUAUAUGUCUAAUAUACUCCAAAAAAUACUUUAUGAUAUCCAGAAAUAGGAAAAGCGAGAGUAUCUUUAUUGAGUAUAUCUGCCAUCGGGUGUUAAUACUAAUGAUCUAUCUAAUUGUUUCAUGUUCAUAAUGCUUUUAAUCUUACUAAGUACAUUAUUGAAUGAGUCGUUUCCUCCUAUAAACCUUCCAUUUAUAAAUAUCAUAGGGAAUGUUUUAUGGCCAUAGUUGCUGUACGUUAUUUCUUUCAACUUUUCCAGUAGAGGUGCAUGAUUUACCUCACUGAUUGUCUGAAGAAGGUUUGAAUAAUUUAGUCUAUUAAUCGUAUUUAGAAAUUCAACGCAAAAUGGGCACGAAGUUUUAAUUGCUGCGAAAAUGGGUGUGCCCAAGAUUAAGGAUUUGAAAUGCUCUUUUACAUCCCCAGAUACUUCUGCCA